AUGGUCAAUCGGGCCAAGACGCCAAAGUGCGGUAGUCCUCAGGGGUCGGACACUCUGAUAUCCGACGCAAACAGCGACCACGGUUCGUGCUCUGGCUCAUUCUUCUCAGGAGCGUCGAACGUUGUAGCUCCCGGAAUUCCACCAGCAUCGAGACCGGCUGCCAAGGCCCGUCGGGUUGCAAAAAAGUCUCUGGGCACGCAAGAGGUUGUUUCCAAGAACGCUGAAGCCGAUGAGUAUGAAAUACCGGGAGCCUCACCACCCCCACGACCCAAAAGACCCUCGAAGCCGAUCCCAAAGCCUCCAACCAAUGCCAAAACACCGUCGCCUCCGGCAGGAUCAAAGAGAGUGGGCAAGGAAAAGCUUUUCAAGCGAGUAUACCCAAAGCAACCAGAGCCGCUCAGGCCUGAUGCUCCCGCCGCCACCCACAAAACCUCAGACAUGAAGAAUCCCGCCCAAGAUUCCGACUCGUCUCCAUGCGCCAUUAACGAGGGUGCGAAGGGCACACCAUCGUUAGUGUCUGCUGAGAGGGGUCUUGAAUCCGUACCGCAGCUGCUUCGAAGUUCACCGACCUCGCUACCAAAAUUUGACCAAUCAGAUAAGCCAUCAGGCAACUUGGUAGAAGAGGAGAAAAGCGAGGGCGCGGCUCUUGAUGGUCCUUCCCAGAUGGUGUUUCCGGAUAUCAGCUCACUCGAAAAUGUUGUCUCUAAGGGCACAUUGUCUCUGCUACCGGAGACAAAACACCGCCCGGCAAAUUACUUGACAUCCCAUGACACCGGCCAGCCCGACGUGGCUGCAAUCCCCGGCGAGUCACCCAACCUAGCCUUUGCCCCUGUUGAUAUCAAUAGAAACGCCAUUGUCAGAGAUACAUACGGAGCUGCCUCGUCGCCCGUCAAUCUCGGCACCACUUCCCUUAAAAGACCAGUAUCCCCUACUGGGCCUGAUUACCAGAAGCGAGCACGGAUUAGCCCCAAAGUUCAAUCACAACAAGUGGAAGAACCCAAGCAAAAAUUUGUCGUACCCAGGAAACCGAAUCACAGCUUGAUCGAUCUAAAUGCACGCUACGAACGCUUGCGUCAUCCCGAUGUUCCACUUGACGGUCAGACGACUCUCAUCCCCGGCACCCCAGGUCGAAAGCCUGGGAAAGCGCUGUUGCAGAGAUUUGCCGAAGAUGACCAGGAACCCACGGUACCAAUACUAGAGAAGGAUAACGUCGAUAGCAGCGAUCCCCCAUUCAAUAAUGUGAACUUUUUCCCGGCAAAGUGCAACAAUUUGGGCCGAGACAACGAUUGUCCAUCGAACAGAGGAAUAGCUGACAGUAACAAGCAACCCCACUUUGAGGGAGAAUGGUGGGAAACCAUCCGAGCCAUACUACAGAAUGCCUUGGACGAUAUGAAAUGCAGAGAAGGAUUGCUUGACAUGUUUGUCAGUGAUCUGAUGUCGCUCGAACGUCAGCUGUUGUCGGUGAUAGAAAUGCAUAGGGAAGACCAAGCAAGCAUACUCAGGAUCUGUCGUGAGAAGUCGCAAAAUAUCAUGCGACAAUGCGACAAGGGCCGUGAUUCCUUGCGCAGGAUUGCCGAAACAGCCAGAAUGACUGAUAUCAAAAGGAUUUUGAUUGAGUCACAGAGUCGAACAGAGCGGCUUGUUCAAGUCCUAGAGGAUUCGAGCCGGACCUGA